CACAUUAUUUGCACUUCUUACUAUUUUCGAGUUGGUGCAGAAACUAUCUUCAGGACUUUGGUCAAGUGCUGAAAAUUCAAGUCAAUGAGAUCUGAACCAAAUAUGAACCCUCAUACCAACCUCAACAACGUAUUCGACUUUCCUGAUCUCCCGAUGCUACUUCCAAAAUCAGAAGCUUUGUCUGUAACCACCGAUUUUUCUGUGCCACCAGUGCAACAGGGAGCUCAACAAUUCCACCCGCCGCGCAAUCUGGGACCACAGCUUGCUCGUCGCUGGAGCUGCGGCGAUUCACAGCAUGCCGACGAACCGCCCGCCUCCUACUACCAUAACCUCGGCGUCGCCCUUCAUAACCACUUUCAAAUGUCGAAUCAGCAUUAUUUAUCGGAUUUUGAUUGUCCAACAACGGUUUCACCGAUUUCAUCUGCACAUGAAACUGGGCAAUUGCCACAAUUGAGUCCGUAUGAUCAUAUUGGAAAUCAGGAUCCGCAUAUGUUCUCUCCCCAUGCUUAUGGAAACUCUAUGAUUCCUGACAAUUCAUAUUUUGAAAAUGCGUCACGCUCCAUCUCUGCACCAAACGUUGGCAAUUCAACUCUGAACCCUUCUCUGAUGUCAAGCGACAAUGCUCAAAGUUGUGGAGGCCGACGAAGAUUCAGAACCAACUUCACCGAACUUCAAUCCACCUUCCUUGAAGAUUCAUUCAAAGAAUCACACUACCCGGAUCACAAGGCCAAAAAGUAUAUGGCUGACUUUUUGAAAAUUCCAGAGGAUCGUAUCACGGUAUGGUUUCAAAACCGACGCGCAAAAUGGAGAAGGAAGGAGCACCGUCAACGGGAUCGCACUCGGAAUGAAUCUUUCAGUGGAGGAUCAAACUCGUUUGAUUUUGCGUGUUUUUCUGCGCAACAUCCAGAUGAUGGUCCGAAUGCAAAGCAUCCAAAUUCUUUUGGUAUUCCCAAUCAACCGAUGUCCCUUGACCAAUUCCCAAUGAACACUGAACAAGAUUUUCCUGAAUUUCCAAGCCUACAGGAGCAUCAAUAAGGCAUCGAUAUACUAUCUCAAUAUCAUUUAUUUGGAUUUUUUAAGUUGAAAUUUUGGUUGUUUUUUCUUCCUCUUAGAACAAAUCAAAAAGCCAGUUUGUACCUGUUAUACAGAUCAAGAAAUAUGUAUUUUGCAAUUUUCUAUGUUAUUUUUUGACUUUUCAUCUAUAUAUUUUUCGUUUGUAUAUGUGAUUAUGUGCUUAUUCUAGAUUUUCAUAUCACUUUUUAACCGUUAGUUUUGUCAGAUAAUUAGAUAAUAUUAAUAAAUAAAACCAUUCAUUCGAA